AUGGGAUGGGGAAUGGCGAUAUACGAAGGGGUGGUGGUGGUAGGCUCACUAUGCGGCUUGGGCUGGGCAGGGCUGUGGUUCUUGAACCGCAGGCUUUACAAAGAGUACGAAGAGAAGAGAGUUCUAGUGCAGAUAAUUUUCAGCGUCGUCUUCGCCUUCUCCUGCAAUCUUCUCCAGCUCGUCCUCUACGAGAUCAUCCCUUUCCUCUCCAAAGAGACGAGAUGGAUUAACUGGAAAGUGGAUCUCUUCUGUUUAAUUCUGUUGCUCGUCUUCUUGUUGCCAUAUUAUCAUUGCUACUUGAUGCUUUGCAACAGUGGUGUAAGAAAAGAGCGAGCCGCACUUGGAGCCAUCUUAUUUCUUCUGGCCUUUCUGUACGCUUUCUGGCGCAUGGGCAUUCACUUCCCCAUGCCUUCACCUGAUAAAGGAUUUUUUACGAUGCCUCAGCUAGUAAGUAGAAUCGGCGUCAUUGGUGUGACUGUCAUGGCUGUUUUGUCUGGUUUUGGAGCUGUGAAUUUACCAUACAGUUAUUUAUCUCUCUUUAUUAGAGAAAUUGAGGAGUCAGAGAUCAAGGCGUUAGAAAGACAAUUAAUGCAUUCUAUUGAGACUUGCAUCACUAAGAAAAAGAAAAUUAUUCUUGCUCAAAUGGAGAUGGAGCGCAUACAAGGAUCUGAGGAGAAGCUAAAUGGUAGAUCUUUCUUUAAACGGAUGCUAGGUACAGUUGUACGGUCUGUUCAAGAUGAUAAGACAGAGCAAGAUAUUAAAAACAUGGAAGCAGAAGUACAAGCAUUAGAUGAGCUUUCAAAGCAGCUGUUCCUGGAAAUAUAUGAGCUGCGGCAAGCUAAGGAAGCUGCUGCUUUCUCUAGAACUUGGAGGGGACACAUGCAAAAUUGUCUUGGCUAUGCAUGUUCAGUCUACUGUGUGUAUAAAAUGAUUAAGUCUUUGCAAAGUGUUAUAUUCAAAGAGGCUGGAUCUGUCGAUCCUGUUACAAUGACCAUUAGUAUAUCCUUACAGUUCUUUGACAUAGGAAUCAAUGCUGCACUAUUGUCACAGUAUAUUUCUUUGAUGUUCAUCGGAUUGUUGGUAGUGAUAUCAGUUCGGGGAUUCUUGUCAAAUUUGAUGAAGUUUUUCUUUGCCGUGUCCAGAGUUGGGAGUGGGUCCUCAAGCAACGUUGUGCUUUUCCUGUCUGAAAUCAUGGGGAUGUAUUUCCUCUCUUCCAUUCUGCUGAUAAGGAAAAGUUUAGCCACCGAAUACCGGAUGAUCAUAACCGACGUGCUAGGUGGAGAUAUCCAGUUUGACUUCUAUCACCGGUGGUUUGACGCCAUCUUCGUAGCAAGUGCAUUCCUUUCUCUGCUUCUGCUCUCUGCACAUUACACGUCUCGCCAGGUCGAUAAGCAUCCAAUUGAUUGA